CGGUGAUGGCGUCACCUUCCGGCGCCGCCGCUUUGGUUUCCCGGGCGACCGGCGGGAGGUGGGCGCCAAGGCGAGGGAGAUGCUGGCGAGGCGGCCGCGGGAUCCCCUCCAAGCCCUGCAGCGCCGCAGUCAGGAACUGAAGCAACAGGUUGAUAGUUUGCUUUCUGAGAGUCGAUUGAAAGGAGCUCUAGAAUCCAGUAGAAGGCGAGACAUUUACCAAAGAUGUAUCCAGUUAAAACAGGCAAUAGAUGAAAAUAAAAAUACUCUUCAAAAAUUAAACAAAGCUGAUGAACCUGCACCUGUCGGGAACUAUGAUCAGAAAAAAAAGGAGGAGCACAGUCUUUUGGAUAAGCUUACCCACCAACUGCAGGAACUUGCUGUGUCCUUAAGAAGAGAAGAUGUAACUGAAAUUGGGGCACUUACUGAAAGAGAGGAAGAUGAGGAUUCUGCUGAAGAAGAUGAAGAAGAAGAAGAAGACGAAGAAGAAAGUGAAGAAAGUGGUGAGGAGGAAGAAGGAACAGAAGAGGAAGAGGAAGAGAAACAGGAAAAUGAAUCUCACCAACAGGCGACAAGUAAAGAAUACGUCGCUAUUGGAGAUUUCACUGCUCAGCAAGUGGGAGAUCUUACAUUUAAGAAAGGGGAAAUUCUCCGUAUAAUCGAAGGGAAGCCUGAUGGUUGGUGGACGGCUAAGAAUGCCAAGGGAGAGAAAGGUCUCGUUCCAAGAACCUACUUGGAGCCUUAUAAUAAAGACAAAGGUGAAGAAUCAAGUGAAGAAGGCAGUGAAGAAGAUGCAGAGGUGGGCGAUGAAACAGCAGAGGGAGCAGAAGUUAAACAAAGAGCUGAUUCUCAUUGGAGUGCUGUCCAAAAAGCCGUCUCAGAGCAGAUAAACACUGUUGAUGUGUUAACCACGAUGGGAGCUAUUCCGGCAGGUUUCAGGCCUUCUACUCUCUUCCAGCUUCUGGAGGAAGGGAAUCAAUUUCGAGCAAGUUACUUCUUACAGCCAGAGCUCACCCCUUCACAGCUGGCCUUCAGAGACCUGAUGUGGGAUGCUAAAAUGGGCACUAUUAGGUCGAGACCAAGUCGUGUUUCAUUGAUUCUGACCCUCUGGAGCUGUAAAAUGAUUCCUCUUCCAGGAAUGAGCAUCCAGGUUCUGAGCAGACACGUACGCCUCUGUCUGUUUGAUGGUAAUAAGGUUCUGAGCAACAUUCAUACAGUCAGAGCCACAUGGCAACCUAAAAAGCCCAAAACUUGGACCUUUUCUCCCCAGAUAAAAUCAAGGGUGACACCUAGGGGCCUGGCACAUUACACCCAAAUACUGUCAAGACUUGGGAACAGAAAAGACUGGAAUGGGGUUACUGGCAUCUUGCCCUGCUUGCUUGAUGGUGAUUGUUUUAUCAGAUCCAAUUCUUCAUCUCCAGAUCUUGGAAUAUUAUUUGAGCUUGGAAUUUCUUAUAUUCGCAAUUCAACUGGUGAAAGAGGAGAAUUAAGUUGUGGCUGGGUGUUCCUUAAACUUUUUGAUGCCAGUGGAAUUCCUAUUCCAGCAAAAACUUACGAACUCUUCUUGAAUGGCGGCACCCCUUAUGAAAAAGGUGUGGAAGUGGACCCUUCAGUGUCCAGAAGAGCACAUGGAAGUGUUUUCUAUCAGAUGAUGAUAAUGAGAAGGCAGCCUCAACUUCUAGUAAAACUGAGAUCUUUGAACAGAAGAUCAAGAAACAUACUAAGUCUACUGCCAGAAACAUUAAUUGGAAGUAUGUGCUCCAUUCAUUUAUUGAUAUUUUAUCGCCAAAUUCUUGGAGAUGUGCUCCUGAAAGACAGGACAAGCAUGCAAAGUGCUGAUUUAAUGAGUAAUCCUGUGCUGGCCACCUUCCCCAAGCUCUUGGAGCAGCCUGACGUGAUGGACGCUCUCAGGAGUUCGUGGGCUGAGAAAGAAAGCACAUUGAAGAGAUCAGAGAAGAGAGUCAAAGAGCUCCUGAAGGCUGCGUUCGUCCUGGUCUACCACGACUGCGCGCUCCCUCUCCUCCAGUCCACACUCCUGCCCCCGUUCAGGUGGGCGGAAGGAGAGGCUGAGGCUGCCCGCUGGAAGGUGAUCGCUGACUUCCUCACGGAAACCCGAGAGAACGGGGGCGCCCUCCACGCUCUGCUGUCCCCAGAUGGGCUCCAUGAACCCUUUGACGUUUCAGAGCAGACCUAUGACUUCUUGGGAGAAAUAAGAAAGAAUGCAGCCUGACAGUGUGGCCCUGAUGCACCCUCCACGGUGACCUGAAUAAAGCGACAGAACCAAAGUAACUGUCGCAUCAUGACUUAGGCUUUACUCUUUCUUGUACAGCCCACGUUCCAUUAGAAAUAUUGAUCUGAUAAUUGGAGUAUGUUUUAAUACAAUAAAAUAAAUUCUUAUAUAGAAUACUAUUAUACCACAAUUUAAAGAGAUUUUUUUUCAAAAACUGUAUAACUUACAUUUAAAUUGAUUAUAUCUAUAGAUUUGCAUAAAAGCAAGAUUUUAUCAAAAGCUAAAUUUAUAAUUAUUCAAGAAAGUAAAAAUACAAUCCAUGCAAUAGGAGAAGAUAUUUGCAAAUUAUAUAUCUAAGAGUCUAUUAUCCAGAAUAUAUAAAAGUAUGAUUAUUGCUAAUAAAAUUUAUGUUGUGAAAUGAUGGGAAAAUCAGAGUAAUCUAUUUGAGAAAGUUGUGUUAUUGAUCACUUAAUUCAGUCUAAUAUUUUAAUGUGAUUUGUGCUAAUUAGAUAUAAAAGGAGAAUCUAGUUUUGCCUUUUCAACUCUAUAUAAUAAAUGCUCUUUAAAAAACAAAA